AUGCUCGAAAAGAAGAGCAAUAACUUCCUCGCCCACGCCCGGGUCGGGCACAAGAAGCUCGUCCGCAGGCAGGCGCCCGCCGCCCCCAGCGCCACCGACUGCUCGGCCGGCGGCCUCUACGUCUCGCCCGCCGCCGGCGACGUCGUCGACAGCUCCGUCAAGACGCUCGUCACCUGGAACCGCGCCUGCCUCGCCAGCGACGUCAAGAACAUCGACAUCUACGUCUACGCCCCCCAGCUCAGCAACGCCACCACCCCCUUCCAGCGCUACACGGGCGUUCCCGUCAGCCAAAAGGACUACAAGAUCAAGCUUGAGCCCCGCUGGUGGGUCAACGAUGUCCACCAGGACAAGAAUGCCUCGUUCAGCUUCAACAUUGUCCCUGCCGGCAACGAGCCCUGGGACUCGGCCAACCCCAUGGGCCCCACCUGGACCGCCCAGUACAUUGUCCCCGCCAACGGCAAGAUCCCCGCCGACGCCGAGAGGGACCCUUCGCUCAAGCAGAAGCUCGUCUCGGCCUUUGUCGAGGACGGCAAGCUCAACGCCUCGGGCAAGACGGCCGCCAUCGUCUGCCCCAUCAUCGUCGUCGUCUGCGUCGUGGCGCUCCUCGUCCGACGCCUCCACAUCAAGCGCAACAACAAGACCGUCGACUGGGCCGAGCAGAUGGACAAGCGCAUGAGCAGGAUCUCGGUCGACUGGCAGCAGGGCGGUGACGGCUCCGCCGGCCCCAUCCCGGGCACCCGCCCCGCGUCGUACAUGGCGCGCGUCUCUCACGACGUCGGCGGCGGCAACAUGGCCGGCCGCGGUGCUGGCAACCGCGUGCCGCGCGAGAUGUCCGAGGUCUCGCCCGCCUUUGCCACCGAGGGCGAGAUGCGCGAGGCACGCCCGCGCGGCAUGUCGAUGUACGACGAGGGCAACCGCUCCAGCAGGAUCAGCUUCGCCGGCAACACGCGCGGCGACCGCAUCUCCAAGAUCAGCUUCGCCAACUCGAGCGAGGCCCACGGCGGUCUCCGCGGCGGCCUCGGCGGCAACGCCGGCGCCCACCGCAGCAGCGCCUCGCUGCCCCGCCUCGGCCAGAACGGCAACCGACGAUCGCAGAUGCAGACCGAGUCGUACUACGACCCCGACGCCCCCGCCGUCCCGCAGCUCGACGAGCGCUUCCGCUCCAGCCACGACACGCGCCGCGAGAGCCGCUUCAGCGACGGCCUCGUCUACGCCGACGACGACGAGGACGACGACGAGAUCCUCAUGAGCCCCACGCAGAACGACGGACCCAUGCCCCUCGGCCACGGCGACGUCGACCGGAUGCGCAAGAGCCUCGACGCCGGCCGUUCGCUCGGCGCCCCCUCGUCGUCGUCGCCCUCGUCGUCGCGCCCCGUUCACGGCCACCAGGCGGCCGACGCCAACCAGCGCGACUCGAUGCUCGAGUACCCGGCGCUCAGCAUGAUGACGUCGGGCCGCGAGGAGAGCGACGGCCGCGACAUGUUUGGCAGCAACGGCGCGCGGCCGGACUCGUCGAUCUCGGACGCCGGCCGCUACAUUGACCACGCGCACUACAACGGCAGCGGCAGCAGCGGCCCGGCGCUGGCGCCCGACCACCCCAACUUUGCCUCGUCGGUGGCGCGCCAGCCCUCGCCGGCGGUGAGCUCGCAGACGGGCAUGGCGCCGCCCGUCAACUUUUCAUCGCCCGACGAGGCCAUGAAGCACUACGCGUCGCUGCGCGCGGCGGCCGGCUCCGCUGCUGCCGAGACCCAAGCGCCGACGUCGAUGCGGUCGCUCUACACGCCCGACGCGCUGCCGGGCCACCGGACGCAGGCGAGCGUGGCUGGUUCGAGCCUCAACGAGGACGACGUCGUGGGCUACAACGAGAUGCUCGAUCACGGCCACUCGCGCUGA